AUGUCGAGUUCAAAACGCAAGCUUUACCGUUUAAUUCAAAAUGCUACGGAACCAUUCACGUUUGAGCCCGACUUGGCUCUAAACUUGGACAUCACUGACUUGAUCAAUCAAGCGCAGGGAAAUAUUCCUCGUGAAGCUGCUUUCGCAAUUGUCAGAAAAGUCAAUGAUCGAAAUCCAACAGUAGCUUAUCUAGCCCUGAAUCUUCUCGAUAUUUGUGUGAAAAACUGUGGUUAUGCAUUUCAUUUGCAAAUCGCUACCAAAGAGUUCCUCAACGAAUUCGUCCGUCGAUUUCCUGAAAGGCCUCCCUCUCGUUUAAAUAAAAUUCAGAUUAUGAUCCUUUCUCUUAUUGAAGAAUGGCGACGAACCAUUUGCCGUACCGAUCGUUACAAUGAAGACCUAGGUUUCAUCCGAGACAUGCACAGACUCUUGUCUUACAAAGGUUAUACAUUCCCUGAAAUAGCAAAAGAUAACCUUGCUGUGUUAAGUCAAAAAUCAGUGCUGAAAACUGCUGAAGAACUUGAAAAAGAAGACCGCGAUGCCAUGUCCGCCAAACUUCAGGAGCACAUUCGUCGUGGUACCCCUCACGAUCUUAUGGAAGCCAACAAACUUAUGAAGGUAAUGGCCGGUUAUGACUCCGAACAUAAACGCCGAUACAAGGAACAUGUCUUGGUCGAGCUCGAAAAGGUAAAGAGAAAAGCCUCCCUUUUUGGUGAAAUGCUUAAUGAAAUAAAAGAAUCGGAUAAGCUCACCGCGGGUGAUUUGUACGAAGAACUUGCUUAUUCCCUCAAAGCUGCUGUCAUUAAAGUGGACAAGAUUUUGGAAGAGUUGGACUCUUCAGAUGAAUAUUACAGUAGCGUUAUAGACCUUAAGUCUUUAAUUCUCGCUUUACUCAGCCAAUAUGACCAUCUUUUGAAAGGCGACUUUCACUCUGCGCAGCAUACAUCUUCGAAUGCUCAUUCUCUCCUUCAAUCAACCUCUAACCUUUCUAAGGAUGCAAAUGAGAAUAUCGCAACCGAUCCGGCUCCCACUCCUGCAUCUCAGUCUGCCAUGGACUUGCUAAUAGACUUAGAUGUUGGCUCAUCUAUACAACCCAACACUUCAAAUGCUCAGAUACCCUUCGUCCAGAAUAGCAGUCCUCUCCAUUUGCCUACUGGUAUACCAAACUCUGUCGAUAGAACUGAAACACCUCCAGCUGUGGGCGCAAUUUCUCUGUCUGAAAACUUUUCAAACAUGUCUUUAUCAUCUCACCAAGCAGAUCCUUCAGGCACCAACGUUUUGCCUACUACUGUUUUUUCUAAUGAACAUGUGAUGUUCCAAUUGGCACCUAAAAAAGUUUGUGAUGGAAGAUAUGUUUUACUUGCUACUUAUUCCAAUUCCAAUUCUUCUAAAAGUAUCGAAGACUUACAAUCUUUUAUUGCUUUACCCAAAAAGUAUGCUUUGGAAUUAAAACCUCAGUCUGGCACUCGCUUGUCUCCGUUGCAACAAAAUGGGAUUCAUCAGGAAAUGUUCGUUUCCAACGUAUCUACGGAUACUCCUGAAUUACCUAUGCGGUUUAAGUUUACAUACUACGUGAACAACGUCCAAGAAGAACAUACGGGACAGUCGACGGUUAAACUGAAUUAG